AUGAAGAAGAAGCCAUCAAAGCAAAGGUCAAAAGAACACAGAGAACGGAAGAAGCAGUACAUCCAGAUGUUGGAGGAUAAGGUGAAAAAUCUUGAGAAAGAAAACCUUAGUUUGAAGCAACAAUUGAAGCAACAGAAAAACAAAGAGGAACAAGCCAAAGAAGAAGACAAGAGUGCCACUUCGUCGAAGAUAGCUGGCCAGUCUUGUAUUUACAAAUACAAUUCAUCUUUGCAAGAGUAUGAAGACUACUACUUCAAUACAUUAGCAAAGAAGAUACUUCUAGACCCGACCCAAGUCAGAUACUCAGAAAUCGAACAAGCCGCAGAGAAAAUUUGUGAUUAUGGUGAGGAUCGAAGAGAAUACCUUAAGAACACAUUCAAAGACUUCCUUGAUAACAUUAUGAACCCUGAAAUGAAGACGAUUGCAGCUGCAUGUAAAUAACUUAAGUCUCAGUGAAGCCAAGAGAAGAUCUAAGCCUAAGAAGCGAGCAAAGAAGUUUUUAAACAAACUCGAUCCCUCAUAUCCUACUGAUUUCUUGUUCUCAGACAGUUUCACCCUCACUGAAUCAGAUUUCUUCGAAAGCAGUGGCAAGAAGAUUCUGAGUUAUUUCAAAACUAUGAAGCAACUGAUCAAGAAGCUAAUUGAAACCAGAAACCAAAUAUUCAACUUACAAACAGAAAGCAAAGAGUUUAUAGAGUCACCCGAAGUCAUGGCAUAUACUAAGGAAGAUAUUUCCAAUAUUUUAAAAUUGCACUCUGAGUUAUAAAAGAUACAAAGAUGCUCACUCCACAUCACUUGUGGGAUAUCCCAAUCAAAAAGCAUGAUAGGGAGCUAUAUGAGAAAGGAGAGCUGACUGAAUAAAGACUCACUUUAAGGAAUUUCAACAAUAUUACCUUUGAGAUAGAUGCAAGCAAAAU